GCGAGCGAGGGUGGGAGGGAGUGGGAGGAGGAGGAGAGGGAGCCGAACGACCAUUUAAAGCGAUAGCAAUCCGUGCCCUCUCCCUAGUGCUGGGCUGUUGGAGAGCUCGAGCUGCAAACCGCGGAGCGCGAGCGCGAGCGCGGCGCGCCGGCCGGGGAACCCCAGAGCGCACGGCACCCCAAGCUGGCAGGCUCCGCGGGACCCCCUACCCUCGUCGGCUGCCCCUCCCCGGGCGCCCCCACCGUCCUCGCCAGCAGGAGCUCCUGGGCUUCCCACGAGGAGCUCACCCCAAGGAGCCCGAAUCCCGGCGAGCCCGCCACCGUCCCCUCCAGCGCCGCCGCAGCCGCUGGAGCAGCAUGGUCCAGCUGGGGAAGCUGCUCCGCGUCCUGACUUUGAUGAAGUUCCCCUGCUGCGUGCUGGAGGUGCUCCUGUGCGCGCUGGCGGCGGCGGCGCGCGGCCAGGAGAUGUACGCCCCGCACUCCAUCCGGAUCGAGGGGGACGUCACCCUCGGGGGGCUGUUCCCGGUGCACGCGAAGGGUCCCAGCGGAGUGCCCUGCGGCGACAUCAAGAGGGAGAACGGGAUCCACAGGCUGGAAGCGAUGCUCUACGCCCUGGACCAGAUCAACAGCGAUCCCAACCUGCUGCCCAACGUGACGCUGGGCGCGCGGAUCCUGGACACUUGUUCCAGGGACACUUACGCGCUCGAACAGUCGCUCACUUUCGUCCAGGCGCUCAUCCAGAAGGACACCUCCGACGUGCGCUGCACCAACGGCGAGCCUCCAGUUUUCGUCAAGCCUGAGAAAGUAGUUGGAGUGAUUGGGGCUUCGGGGAGUUCGGUCUCCAUCAUGGUAGCCAACAUCCUGAGGCUUUUCCAGAUCCCCCAGAUUAGUUAUGCAUCAACGGCACCCGAGUUAAGUGAUGACCGGCGCUAUGACUUCUUCUCUCGUGUGGUCCCUCCCGAUUCCUUUCAAGCCCAGGCCAUGGUAGACAUCGUGAAGGCCCUGGGUUGGAAUUACGUGUCUACUCUCGCAUCGGAAGGAAGUUACGGAGAGAAAGGUGUGGAAUCCUUCACCCAGAUUUCCAAAGAGGCAGGUGGGCUCUGCAUUGCCCAGUCCGUGAGAAUCCCCCAGGAACGCAAAGACAGGACCAUUGACUUUGACAAAAUUAUCAAGCAGCUCCUGGACACCCCCAACUCCAGGGCCGUCGUCCUCUUUGCCAACGAUGAGGAUAUCAAGCAGAUCCUUGCAGCAGCCAAAAGAGCUGACCAAGUAGGCCACUUUCUCUGGGUGGGAUCAGACAGCUGGGGAUCCAAAAUCAACCCGCUGUACCAGCAUGAAGAUAUUGCAGAAGGAGCCAUCACCAUUCAGCCCAAACGAGCAACUGUGGAAGGGUUCGAUGCCUAUUUUACAUCCCGCACACUUGAAAACAACCGAAGAAACGUAUGGUUUGCCGAAUACUGGGAGGAAAACUUCAACUGCAAGCUGACGAUUAGUGGGUCAAAGAAAGAAGACACAGAUCGCAAAUGCACAGGACAGGAGAGAAUUGGGAAAGACUCCAACUAUGAGCAGGAGGGCAAAGUUCAGUUUGUGAUUGACGCAGUGUAUGCCAUGGCUCACGCCCUUCACCACAUGAACAAGGAUCUCUGUGCUGACUACCGGGGUGUCUGUCCAGAGAUGGAGCAAGCUGGGGGCAAGAAGUUGUUGAAGUAUAUCCGCAAUGUGAAUUUCAAUGGUAGCGCGGGCACCCCAGUCAUGUUUAACAAGAACGGGGAUGCCCCUGGGCGUUACGACAUCUUCCAGUAUCAGACCACGAACACCACCAACCCCGGCUACCGACUGAUUGGACAGUGGACGGAUGAACUUCAGCUCAAUAUAGAGGACAUGCAGUGGGGUAAAGGAGUCCGGGAGAUCCCCGCCUCUGUGUGUACGAUGCCCUGCAAGCCCGGGCAAAGAAAGAAGACACAGAAGGGAACUCCUUGCUGCUGGACCUGUGAGCCCUGUGACGGCUACCAGUACCAGUUUGAUGAGAUGACAUGCCAGCAUUGCCCCUACGACCAGCGGCCCAAUGAAAACCGAACUGGCUGCCAGGAUAUCCCCAUCAUCAAACUGGAGUGGCACUCGCCUUGGGCUGUCAUCCCCGUCUUUCUUGCCAUGUUGGGAAUCAUCGCCACCAUAUUCGUCAUGGCCACUUUCAUCCGCUACAAUGACACUCCCAUCGUUCGGGCGUCUGGGCGGGAACUGAGCUACGUUCUGUUGACGGGCAUCUUUCUCUGCUACAUCAUCACCUUCCUGAUGAUAGCCAAACCCGACGUGGCAGUGUGUUCUUUCCGGAGAGUGUUCUUGGGCUUGGGUAUGUGCAUCAGUUACGCAGCCCUCUUGACCAAAACCAAUCGGAUUUAUCGCAUAUUUGAACAGGGCAAGAAAUCAGUGACAGCCCCCAGACUCAUAAGCCCAACGUCACAGCUGGCUAUCACUUCCAGUUUAAUAUCAGUUCAGCUUCUCGGCGUUUUCAUAUGGUUCGGUGUUGACCCACCUAAUAUCAUCAUAGACUAUGAUGAACAUAAGACAAUGAACCCCGAGCAGGCCCGGGGGGUUCUCAAGUGUGACAUUACGGACCUACAGAUCAUCUGCUCCUUGGGAUAUAGCAUCCUUCUCAUGGUCACGUGCACUGUGUAUGCCAUCAAGACUCGGGGUGUCCCAGAGAACUUUAAUGAAGCCAAGCCCAUCGGAUUCACCAUGUACACGACAUGUAUAGUUUGGCUUGCCUUCAUUCCAAUUUUUUUUGGCACCGCUCAAUCAGCGGAAAAGGCCCUGCUGCAAAAAAGAAGUAUGUCAGUUAUAAUAACCUGGUUAUCUAACCUGUUCCAUUCCAUGGAACAAUGGAGGAGGACGACCCUCAGUUCUUUUGUCACCCAACCUGGCAUUGGACUCUUUUGGUCCAGCCUGCUGCCCAUCAUCGGAGGAGCAUCCCCGGCCAGGAGACCAACGGUAGAGGAUCCAAGUGUCCUACACAGCUGCUUUAUGAAAUAUUCUUACUUUAUCUUGGCUUAAUAAGUCACUGGCAUCAGCACUGCCAACUCGGCUGCAACUCUGGACUUUCCCUACCAAAGGGAGCAUUGAGACUCAAGUCCCACUCAGGCUCUUGAGGGCGAACCCCUUGAGAGCCUCAAUGACCGUUUUUGGGGCUGCCCAGUCUUUCUACGUCUGUACUUCCAGGCUGCAAGGUUUUGAAAUUUUCUGUACAGUUUGUGAGGACUUUUGCACUUUGCCAUCCAUGUUGUACCUCGGUUCACUGUUUGUUUUCGAAUGCCCUGUUUUCAUAGAACCCUAUUCUUUCAGACAGCGGGAUCUUUGGGAAAAACUUUGAAACGAUUAAAAUUUUAAAAGGCUCUCGGCAGACAAAAAGGAAAAAUGUGUGUACAUGACUGUAUAAUUAUGAUUAUAGUACCGCUGCAAAUCAUGUUUUUUUUUUUUUAAGACAAAAAAAAAAAAGAUAUUUAAAGACCAAAAACUGUGCUGAGAAAAGUAUACCCUACCUGUCUUUGGUAUGAGAUAGGUCACAAGGGAAAAAGGUAUUGGCUGAACGGAAUAGAGGUCUUGAUCUUGGGAAUGCAUGCCAGUAAUGUAUUUUACAGUACACGUUACUCAUUUAUGUUCAAUAUUUGUAUUUGUGUUCCCUUUUGUUACUUUAAUUAGGAUAUGGGUAUUUUGCAAUAAUUUUAACAAUGAUUAAACUAUUUGAAGGAAAGAAUAUGGAUUUUUCAUGUCUUGAGGUUUGGUUCAUGCCCCCCUAUGACUGAUCAGUGUGAUAAGGACUUUAAAAAAAAGAGCAUGUAUGUUUUUUACUGUUUGUAAGAAGUACUUUCGUUAAUCCUGCUGCUCAUGUGCCAAUUUAGUGGAGAAACACCCUUGCUGAAAAAUCCCCCUUUCCAUUCUCUUUCAAUUCUGUGAUAUUGUCCAAGAAUGUAUCAAUAAAAUACUUUGGUUAACUUUUUUA